AAAAAAAAAACCUCAAAAGCUCACUAAUUUCAGAUCUUCAUGCCACCAAACAGCAAAUAACCCAAUAAAGUGGAAAAACAGAGUGAUAUAUUCCCACUUGUGCUGGUAAACCCAACAACACAAUCAAAUGCUUUGAAACCUUGACCUCCGUUCUCUCUCUCUCCCAAAAAUGUCACCCACUAACUUGCUCCAACAGUUGAUACCCAUUUCACUGCUACUCCUCCUAUCAACAGCAACAACACUAGUUCUUUCCCACUAUCACUCUGAUACAUCCCCAUACUCCACAACCCCACAAUCGGACUGGAAACCCGCCCGGGCCACCUACUACGCCGCCGCCGAUCCACGCGACGUGGUCGGCGGCGCUUGCGGGUACGGCGACCUAGAGAAGAGUGGGUACGGAAAGGCCACGACGGGGCUGAGCACAGUGUUGUUCGAGAGAGGUCAGAUCUGCGGCGCGUGUUUCGAGGUGAGGUGUGUGGAGGACCUACGGUGGUGCAUUCCGGGAACGUCGAUCAUUGUCACGGCGACUAAUUUCUGUGCUCCGAAUUAUGGGUUCGCUCCUGACGGCGGUGGUCAUUGCAAUGUUCCUAAUGCUCAUUUUGUUCUGCCGAUUGAGGCGUUUGAGAAGAUUGCGAUUUGGAAGGCUAGCAAUAUGCCCAUUCAGUAUCGGAGGAUCAAAUGCAGAAAGGAAGGAGGUGUUCGGUUUGCAAUUGAUGGUGCUGGAAUAUUCUUAUCAGUACUAAUCACCAAUGUUGCUGGUACUGGUGACAUAGCAGCAGUGAAGAUCAAGGGUUCAAGAACUGGAUGGCUUCCGAUGGGUAGGAACUGGGGCCAAAACUGGCACAUAAAUGCUGAUUUGAAGCAUCAACCUCUUUCAUUUGAGCUCACUAGUGGUGGUGGGGUCACUCUUACAUCAUACAAUGUUGCUCCCAACAAUUGGAACUUUGGGCAGACCUUUGAAGGGAAGCAGUUCCAAUCUUAAAAACCACUAGAAGUUAAAUGGAUAGACAACCCUUUUUUUGGUUUUACUGAAAUGGCUUUGGGAGGGAUAGUUUGCAUUGUGGGGGAGAAGUGGGGCUUUGGAGUAGCUAGGGGAAAUAGUUGUAAGAGUGCAAGUGAUGUUGUGGAACAAGUUUUUUUUUUUUUUGUUCUUUUUUAUGUUUUGAGAGCAUAGGUAGAUCAUUGAAAUGUAAACAAACAAAUUAAACUGUCAAUGUUGCCACUUUGAAAUGAUGAUAUCUCAAUGUUAAAAGGUAUAUAUAGGUUCCUUUUGUUCUUGCCAGUUAAGGUAAUAAAAUGUGAAGAAAAC